AUACUUUUCAAUGUAAGAAUGGACAGCAGUAAACACUUAAACACGAGCUCAGAGUGACCAUGCAAUUAUCAAAAGGAUGUAUAUCACUUCUGUUAUUUUCUUGUAUUUGUGCUCAAAAAAACGAAAUAAAAAUUUUAGGGAACAGUAAAAAGUUGCCUCAGAAAAUUUCCGAACGUUUAGAUGAAUACUGGUAUAUAUACAAGGCAACUUUGAACAAAACGUACACGGCGAAGGAGGAGCUUGUUAAACGAGUGGCUUGGGAGAAGAACCUGCUGAAAAUUUAUGAGCAUAAUUUGAUGGCUGAAGCAGGCCAUCACAGCUACACUCUGAGAGACAAUCACAUGGCAGAUUUAUGUACUCGCCAAUAUAUGAAAAAUAUGGUAAAACUUGUACCGAGUCGGCGACGGAAAAUUAGCGAUAAUGAAAUAGUUGGUGCGGUUCUUCAUGACCCGAAAACAAUCCCCAGUCAUUUAGACUGGCGACAAAAAGGAUUUAGAACAUUACCGGUAAAUCAACAAUCUUGCGGUAGUUGUUAUGCCUACUCCAUAACUGAAAGUAUAGAAGGUCAAAUAUUUAAAAAGACUAAAACAAUGAUUUCAUUGAGUGCUCAGCAGCUCGUCGAUUGCAGUACCGUCACUGGAAAUUUAGGAUGUGCAGGCGGUUCUCUCAGAAAUGCUCUUAAAUAUUUAGAAAAAUCUGGUGGACUUAUGGAACAAAGAGCGUAUCCUUACAUUGCCCAGGAAGGACAGUGUAAAUUUCAAAAAAAUCUUAGUGUCGUUAAUAUCACUUCGUGGGCAAUCUUGCCAGCGAGAGAUGAACGAGCAUUGCAGGCUGCCGUUGCGACUAUUGGACCUAUAGCGAUUUCUAUAAAUGCCAGUCCCCGGACAUUUCAACUGUACCACGAGGGAGUGUAUGAUGAUCCAUUAUGCAGUUCUGAUAUGGUGAACCACGCAAUGCUGAUAGUGGGCUAUACGCCAAACGAGUGGAUUUUAAAAAAUUGGUGGGGUGAACAAUGGGGAGAAAAUGGUUACAUGCGACUCGUUAAAAAUAAAAAUCGUUGCGGUAUUGCCAACUAUGCUGCUUAUGUGCGGGUAUGAGGGUAUCACAUAUUAUUCGAAUAAUGCAUUUAUACAAUUUAUUUCAACCGAAUAAUGUUCAUUAAUAUAAGAUACAUUUUUUAUUUUUAAUAAUCUAAUAAAAUUAAUCAUCCACAAUAGUUUGAUAAAUCAUUUACUUAAUAAAACUU